AUGAGCUCCCCUUGGCCUUUCGUGGCAUGGGGAAUGUAUGUCAUAGGACCCAUUGAGCCUCCGGCUUCCAACGGACAUUGCUUCAUCUUAGUCGCCAUAGACUACUUCACUAAAUGGGUAGAGGCAACUUCCCACAAAUCAGUGAACAAGAAAGUAGUGGCUAACUUCGCCAAGAACAAUCUGAUAUGUCAUUUCGGUGUGUCGAAAUCCAUCAUCAUGGACAAUGGUGCCAAUCUGAAUAGCCAUUUGAUGAAGGACAUCAGUGAGCAAUUCAAAAUCACUCACAGGAACUCUACCACCUAUCGGCCACAUAUGAAUGGAGCCGUAGAGGCUGCCAACAAAAAAAUCAAAAGAAUCUUAAGGAAGAUGGUCGACAAUUACAAGAAUUGGCAAGAGCAGCUGCCUUAUGCACUGUUAGGAUACAGAACAACAACCAUAACUUCCACUGGGGCAACCCCAUACCUCCUCAUUGAUGGUACAAAAGCGGUCAUAGCCUUAAAAGUAAAGAUCCCUUCACUCAGGAUCAUCCAAGACGCAGAGCUGAAAGAUGCAGAAUGGGUUAGAAAUCAUUACCAACAACUGGCUAUGAUAGAGGAAAAGAGAAUGGUGGCGGUGUACCACGAACAGCUGUUUUUCCUUCUACAGGACAGUAGAUAUACCAUCAACCAGCUUACUCACAACAAAGGCAAAUGGCGAAGCCCAAACUGUGGAGAAAGACACGGAGGGGUCAUAGCAGAGAAGGGGGUAUUGAAGAGACAUCUGACCGCGAGAGUCACGGAGGAAAUGAAUGACAAAGAUGCAUCAGACCAAGAGGGUCACAAUGGAUGGGCAUAA